ACCACCACCCAAAACCACGAAGGCCUUUGAACUACUCUCGCAGCACUGUUCUUGCCCUUUGCAUAGAUUGCCAUUACACAUGAUUUUGCGGUUCGAUCUUGAUGAUUUUUUAUGCGUUGGUGCAAUUAUUCUCUUGUUUUGGCCAUUUUAGCGUUAAAUUUGGGAUGAAUAUGUGUGAUUUAGAGAAUCUAUAGCUGGAUUUUGUUUCCAAUCGAAGACUCUUGUUGUUUUGGCAGAUUUGGGUUACGCUGCCACUGUUCACCGUGAGGUUGUAGACCAAAUUUUCUCCAGGUUAGUGCUCGUGUUUAAUCCAAUUUUAUGACGUUUCUUGCUCAUUUUAGGGUGCUUUCCAUUGUAAUUUUUUGGAUUUACUAAUUUUGUGUGAGCAUUCCCACACUAUGAAAGAAUCACUUUGUUCAUCGCGCUCCCCCUCAUCCAAGGUUUUUGUCAAGUACACCAAAGCCUUCGGGUUACUGUCAUCAGCACCUCUGCCGACAAAAAACAAGAGGCCAUAGAACGUUUUGGUGUUGAUUCCUUCUUGAUCAGUUGUGACCCUGAACAAAUGCAGAAAAAAGGCUACAAAGAGCACACUUGAUGGGAUAAUAGACACAGUUUCUGUAGUUCAUCCUCUUAUGCCACUACUAAGCUUAUUGAAGACCAAUGGUAAGCUUGUAUUGGUUGGUCUCCCGGAGAAACUCCUUGACUUGUUGGCGUUUCCCUUGAUCAUGGGGAUGCCCAUAACGAUGCAAGAUGCUAAAGGUAAAGAAUGGACAUUUCAAUUCAAGUUUUGGCCCAAUAACAACAGCAAGAUGUAUGUUCUUGAGGUGUACACCCUGUAUAGAGAAUAUGCAAUUAGAGGCUGGUGAUACAGGUGGAUGACAUUGACUGUAGAUCAUCAUCAUUCACAGUGGAUAUGGCUGCAAGGAUGACGAA